AUGCUAUUCUGGGCCGGGCCAGAUUUUCAGGAGCGUGGUGUCAGCGCAAGUUUCACCGAGUCGAUGGUGAAGAAGCACAUCAACAUCUUCCUGGUGCAAUCGUGGACAAAGAUUUUCUCGUGCACUGGGUUGAGGAUAGGCACAGUGCUGUGCCCGACGGCGGAGAAGCAGGAAAUGCUCCAGGGAAUGCAGGUGCCAUGGUCUGUCACCGUCUUCGCCCGCGCGUAUUUAAAGGCCGCCCUCAAGGACCGCACGUACCUGGAGCACACCUGGAGCGCAACACCUGCCUGGCGUGAACACAUGAUCACCCGUCUACAGAGACUGCAUCCUUCCUGGCAGUUCAGUGGCAAGCCAUGGCUUUCAUGGAUCUGGAUCGACACGGGCAGCCCGGACAUCGCCCGGGAUGUCUACCGAACAGCUCUGAAAUGCGGCUGUCCCAUCCGCCUCGCUGCAUCUGGAUAUGACAGGCCAAGCGUCGUCCGACUGGCAGUUCGCCGGCCCUACGACUUCUCUGUGCUCUAUCAGGCCCUUCUGCGACGAGACUGUACAAGUAAAAGCUUCACUCGGGCCACGUUCGGCACCUCGGCGGAUGUGAAUCCGGCCGUGGUCGAAGGCGUCCGGCUCGUGCACAUUGACGAUUUGAAGCCUCAUGAAGAGGUCUUGACAGAUCGGGCCACGAAGCUGCAGGACUACGUGCGGGAUCUUCCUGUGAAGAUCCUUCCGGCCAUCAUCGUGGAUUCGCAAUACGAUGUGGUGAUCGACGGGCACCACCGGCUGGAGCUUUUCAAAGCAGCAGGCAUGACGGUUGUGCCGGCGGUGUCAGUGAACUACGAACAUCCAGAUGUCCUGGUAAAUCCUCCAGGCAUUCGUCCGGGCCUCGAGGACGUCGGUUCAGGGUUUAGGGCUUGCACGGCAGGAUUGAAGGAUACUUUCGGGUGUAUUACCAUUUCUUGCGAUUUCGUGCGCGAAUUUGGGAUCCAAGCACCAGAGAGCAUGUAUACAUAUACGUCUACGUAUCUACGCGCUUAG